UUCUAAUUUUUGGCAGAGGGAAACACAAACCUCUACUAAUGAAACGCCACCCAAAACUAAUCAAGAAGAAGGAAAACCAGAUGAUGAGAUUGUGAUUGAGUCACCUGCUGCUCAGACUCAAGUUUUGCAAAAAGAAACACUGGAAAUGAAUGAGACACCUUCUUCUCCAAUAUCUCCAAAGAGUAUUGAGGCUCAAGUUUUUACUCCAAUUCAGAAACAGCAGACGGUAACAGAGGAAACGUAUGAGGCUACACAGCCAUUGACUGAGAUCAUUUCAGCAAACAAUAAAAAGGAGGAUACACAUGCUGUGCAUCACACACCUUCCUCUCCAUUGUCUUCACUAAUUGCACUAGUUAUUGAAGAAAAUAAGAAUGCUUUGAGUGAGACAGAAACUGCGACCCAAUAUUUUUCUACAAGUGAAGGAGAGCAUACACAAUCAAGCAGAAAGAAUCAAGCAGAAGAAUAUCUCAAGGAUACUACAGAACCUACUACUGAGCUAGUUUCCACAGAUGUUUCGAAGACACAGCCUCUUACUCCGCAAACACAGCACCUUCAGACAAGUGAGGGAGAUCAAUCCGAUGAGACACCAUCAGAGCAGAAUCAAGCAGAAGAAAAUCUCAAGGAUACUACAGAACCUACUACUGAGCUAGUUUCCACAGAUGUUUCGAAGAUGCCGCCUAUUACUCAGCAAACAGAGCAUCUUCAGACAAGUGCUAUAGAUUUUUCAGAAACAAACGAGGUUGAAGUAAGCAGGCUUCUAGCUCACUUUCAAAUAGGCGCAGAGGUUGAGAUUUUGUCUACUGAUGACGAAAUAUGGUAUCCAGGAAAGGUUGUUGAUCUUAAACUGUGUGAAGGACUAGAGGAGCUGACAGUUGAGUACACGACACUCUUCACAGACCAACAUAGACUUCAGAAACUUCAGGAUACUAUCACGGCUGACAAAAUACGUCCUGCAACACCAACUAGUGACCAAAAAUCCUUUGAGAUGAUGGAUAAGGUAGAAGCCUUUUACAACAAUGGCUGGAGCAGCGGACAAAUUAGCAUGGUACUUGGUGAUAACACAUACUCGGUGUGUCUCUAUACUUCUAUGGAAACUAUUCUAUUCAAACAUUCAGAUUUGCGAAUUCAUAGAGAAUGGAAAGAUGGAGUCUGGAAGAUGGCAGAUAAGGUGAAGCCUGAUAAGAAAAGGAAAGCUGCUGCCUCAUCACAAAAUUCAGGAAUGGAUAAUGUUUUCCUAAGAAGGAGCGAGAGGGUGCCUAAACGAUCUAGAGACACAAAAACUCCAUUCAAGUCUGACAGAAAUCCGGCUUUAACUGUAAUACCUGAGAUUAUACCUGCAGUUGAUCCGUUUUCAACUCCUGCGGAACAUAAGCUUUCAAGGCUUCAAAAUUGGAUGACAUUAAAGCCCGGCAUGCAUGAAACGUCCCUAUCAAUCAAUGAUAAUAAGAUAAGGAAAUCUUUCUUUCAAAGCAUGGAAAAUGCAAAAAAGGACCUUAAGAAAGAGCACAUUGAUGGAGCCUUUGCAAUGCUAAAUUGCAGAAGAAAUGAGAAUGCUGCUUGGUUCCACAACUACAAGAUUCCAAAGGCGUGCUUCCUACCUAUGGAGUUCUUGCAUUGCUUGCUCUCUGAUGAUUUGGCUUACAAGAAAGAAAAGGUCAAAGGUAAAAAGAUUUUCAACGAUUUAUUUAAAGAUACUGUGAGAGGGAAGGUAUAUCCAGAGAAGACAUGGGGAGAAGAUGUUGAUGUUGUGUAUGGGAUUACUCUUGGAAAAAAAAGCAAUGUCUGGAUUGGGAUGGAAAUUCAUUUGAAGAAGAAAAGAAUCACAGUAUAUGAUUGUUUUCAAAAGGAAAGCAACAGCAUUGAUAUUCCUCAAGUGAAAAAGUUGGCAGUGUUGAUUUCUAAUCUGCUGGUGGAAUCUUCUGGUGAUGAGGUAGAUAAAGUGAAGAUGAUUCCAUUUGAGAUUGAGCAGGCACAAGGUUUACCCAAGACAAAACAUCCUUUCAACUGUGGGAUAUUUCUUGUCAAGAUUCUGGAGUGCCAGUCAUUGAAGAUAGGAGACAUGACAAAGAUUAAUGAUGACAAUGCAUUGGAGCUAAGGAGAACCUUGUCUUGUGAGAUCUUCAACCAAUUUGUGGAUGAGAGCUUUGGGAAAUGAGAAUGAUGCAUGAAAACAUUUUUUGUUUUAGUUAAGACUCGGUUUUAGUUAUGACUGUUUAUUUUGUUAUGUUGUUGGCGUCUGGUUACAUAAGAAAGAUUGGAAGGAUAUCAAGUAUUUUUUUUGGGUAUCAUAUAUCUUGGAAGGUUAAAAUAAUGUUUCUGGAUGGGUUUCCAGAAAAAAAGUUAAGUGUUUCAAAUGUAAAAAAGAAUGAAAUGAGAUUAUAUACUAAGGAUUGGACAUGUAUAUGGUAAGCUUAAAAUUGUGAUGUUUACAGACAACAAAAAUUUAGAACCACAAAGGAUCGAACCCAGAGGGAGAGAGUUUGCGUAUUUGGAUAGUGUGGGAGUUUAGCCACUAGGCCAAGAAGAAUCAUCUGUUAAUGGAUUACAUUUAAUUUUAUUUAACUCCAAACUGUAACACAAAAAAAAAUUAAAAUUGAUUUUGAAUCCACCACAUAUCGAACCCGGGGAUAGAGAGACUUUUGAGUUAUGAAAUGCCUUGGUUUAACCGCUGGUCUGAGGAGAAUCAUCUGUUAAAGAAUAUUACAUAAGCAUACUUAAACCAAUUAAUAUAGGAUAGGUUUCCAAAACAAUACAUUUCGAUUGAAAAAAGACAAAACUCUUGCCGUCUCAACACUCUCGCCGUUUCAAACUUCUCGAAUCUCACUCGUCUCCGCCUCUCGAAUCUCUCUCUCAUCUCCAUAUCUCUCGAUCUCCGACGAAAACCCAUCUCCAGAACUCUCUCUCUCUCUCGAUCUUUUACGCGAGCUCUCUCUAUUCUCCGAGAAAAACCAUUUCUAGAGCUCUAUCUCUUUAAGGUAUGUUGCAGAUUCAACCUUAUGUGUGUUUUCUUUCUGAGAGAUUGGUCUCCUGGUUUUUGCUUGUGUAUAGACUUGCUCGUUUUAACCUAAUAUGAUUGGUAGAAUUCUAGUUCAUGUGAAAGCAUGUGUAUAGACUUCAGGAAGGAUUUGUAUUGUUUCAGGAAACCCUUCCUGAAAAUUGGAUUUUAAUUAAUUUAGACAAAUAAAAUUUUUCUUGUUUACGCAGGAUAGAAACAAGAUGGGAGAUCCAUUACCAUUAAGACUAGCACUGCCUGAGCUGAGGUAUCCGAUUGGAUCAGAGCCAGAGAAGACGAUAUCGAUAAACCAACACUCGAUAGUUGCUUAUAUCAAAACUGUUAAGGAAAUUCUAGGAAAUGAUGAGUUCAACAGAAUAAGAGGGACGUUUUUGGGACCGGUGAUCAAGCUUGGAGAGAGGUCUUUGAAAUUAUCAGCUAAGAUAGUGCACGCAGUUCUCACCAAAAGCAUCAAGACAGUGAAGAGACACGAAGCAUGGUUCCAUUUUGGUGCUCAGCCAAUGAGGUUCUCUAUAAGAGAAUUCCACAUGGUGACUGGUUUGAAAUGUAGUGGUGAAGCAAGAGAACCACGAGAGGAAACCGAGAAAUUUAAGUGGGACUUCCUAAAAGGGCGUACUCAUACAGUAAAGGACGUGGAGAAGCAGCUCAGAAACACAAGAGAAGAUGCUUCUGAUGAGAGAUUCUGCCUUGCAAUGCUCCUCCUGAUUGAGAGCAUACUACUACAGAAGAGCCUUCUCGACGGUGGCACAACUUUUACUUUGGAUUAUGUGAAAAUAGCGCAGGAUAUGGAUGUCUUGAUGACAUACCCAUGGGGGAGAACAGCUUAUAAUUUGCUGUUAAAAUCACUUCAGAGAGCUGUCGACAAAAGCCUCGACAAAAACAAUUAUGAUUUGCAAGGAUUCCCUAUGGCAUUUCUUAUAUGGAUACUUGAGUCAGUACCUUUGCUACAGUAUGCAUUCAGUCAAGUUGUUCCUAUUCUGAGCGUUCAACCGUCUACCCCAAUAUUUUUGUGUGAGAAGUACCUUCAAAUAGCUUCUCCACAGCUGAUAGAUGUUCUCCUAAUUGAAAUCAAAGAUCAUGUAAGUUUUUACAUUAUUUUUUUCUUGUUUCUGUUUUGCCUUAUGAUUCUCCAUUUAAAAGCUAAUUAUUUUUAUGGUUUCAGCUUAAGGUCACAUGCAUCCUACCUCCUAUUUCUAAUGAUCCAGAAGCUGAUGUUUGCAUGGAAGACGAAGCUAAUAAAGAUCUGGAUGACAUGGCCGAUUUAUCCAAGAGAGGUUAUAAGUUUAAAAUUAGAGAUUGGCGAAACAUGUCAGUAGACCUAUACGGUGCUAAUGAACAAAUAAGAAGAGCA